UCUUCCAGUUACUGCUCCUUAACCGGAUCUGCUUGGUUCCGUUGUGGACACAAUAAGGUGCUGAGCACCACAGUUCUGAACUGAUUUCUCAUUCUCAGAUUGGUGUACAAAACUAAGCCAGGAGUCACACCUUUUCCAUCACUAUCCCUCUUGUUGGACCUGCCUUUUGGUCUAAGAGCAGCUAACAAAUGUCUUGAAAACAGCUCUUGGAAUAUGGUGUCUUCUCAGCAAACUCAUGCAUCUUCAGAUCUUUAAGUUACUACAGAAACUGUGCACAAAACAUUCUUCACAAAAUAACAGCCUUUCGACUAAACAGAUACCGUGCAGCAUGCGGUAAUGAAGGAUCUCUCAGGUCAGGUGGAAAAACAGAUCACCUGACUCUGUAGGACAGGGAUCAAGACGUACUGCACUCUUGAGGACAAAUGGAAUGAAAUCCCCUUUCUGUCUUUGCAGAACAGAAGUAGUGCAAAAACAAACUGAAGUAGGCUGAAAUACCAUAUUUUAAAAUGAAGCAGGAGCCCAUUGCCUUUAAAGAGGAAAUUACGGAUGUGACCUUUGCUCACCUGGAAAAGAAAUCCGAGUCAGGCCUUUUCCAAACCAGUGAGGGUUUCUGCCCAGUUAAAAGCGAGAAGGAGUUUGCCGACAGACCCGCUGGGCCGGUGAAAGUGGAGAGAGAUGAAUUGGAAGGUGCUCAACUGGGGGCAGUGCUUUCUGAGCAGCGCCCCCCUGUGGCUAAAGAGGAGAAAGACGAGUGGAAGCUGGCUGCUGUGGCAGACGGGCUCAAGGUGCUCCGGCCUGCAGCAGAGGAGAAGAAACUGGCAGCUCCCCCGGCCAGCGGGGACCCCCUCGCGAGGCCAGCGCCGGCCGGGGAGCAGCAGUGCUGCUGCAGCGAGUGUGGGCGGAGCUACAAGAGCAAGAGGUACCUGAGGAGGCACCAGCUGAUCCACAAGGGGCUGAAGCCGUUCACGUGCCCCGACUGCGGGGAGAGCUUCCGGCUGUACGUGCGGCUCAGCCAGCACCGCAAGCUGCACCUGGGGGAGAGGCCGCACCGCUGUGCAGCCUGCGGCAAGAGCUUCCGGCUGGCCAAGUACCUCCAGCAGCACGAGUCCAUCCACACCGGCGAGCGGCCGCACCGCUGCCCCGACUGCGGCAAGGACUUCCGGCUGCCCUCCCACCUGCGCUCCCACCAGCUGAUCCACACCCAGGACCGGCCCUUCCGCUGCUGGGACUGCGGCGCCAGCUUCCGCCUGCAGGGGGAGCUCCAGAGGCACCAGCAGGAGCACACGGGCGAGACGCCCUAUCAGUGUGCCGAGUGCGGGGACAAGUUCCGGCAGCAGAGCUCGCUGACGCAACACCAGAAGAUCCACAAGGCAGAGAAGCAGAGCUACACUGUGAUCAAGCUGUGACAUCAGCGGGUUUCGGGCAGCUCACCAGAGCAAACAGUUCGCCAUGCUGGGCUUCCCGAGACGAGGGCUGUGGAUGUGCCUCUCCUUCAGCCUUGAGAUGCCAACAAAGCACAUUAAGAAAUGAAGAACAUGACAGUGCUGAUUUAGGCUGAAGUCUGAUACUGUGGUUCGUCACCUUUGUCCCGCUUGCCUGUCUUGAUAAGGAUGUGCAAGUCACAUGCUAAGUGGGCAGAACUGAGGCCAGCCUCUUCCUGCGACAGGGUGACUUUAAACUCCCGUCCUGUCCCAGAGCUUCCCGAGGGCUGAGGAACUAGCAGCGCCGC